UUUUAUGAGAAAAAGGACUCGAAUGUCAAGGCGACUCGUGGAAAGGGAAGAGAUGUGUCGAAAAGUGGUGUGCCUGUCGCAUAAUGACGGAUAUGUGCUUGUGCCGAUGUUACAUGGUAUGGAAAAGUAAUGACACAGAAUGUGGGUCAGAGCAGUGUGGAUAGAGAAGGACAAAGAAAUAGAGGAUGUAGUCCCAGAUCUUUGGGUGAAAGGCGAGCAUGUGUUUGGCCGCCUUUUGCCAAUGCUGAGAAGGCGAUGAAAACAAGGCAGACACCCACGCAGAGUUGGAGGAUGUUUAAGUUAGUUAAGCUGAAGUAUAAAUCCGAAUCCCGCAAAGAUUGUGAAGAGUAUGAUAAUACUACGACAAUAGAAAACACUGAUGAUGAGGAAGAACCCGAGCUCAAGAGAAAACCAAAGAAGAAAAGAUACGCCGACUUUGUGACGGCAGAGACUAGUGAAGUGACCACAGAUGAACCCAACAGUAAAGACCUGCCAAUAAAGGAAUCGACAAAAUCAAAAGAAAUUCCACUUCCAGUACCACCUGCCAAACUUCCAGUACAGGACUCUAGGAAGAAAAGGGUGGACAGUCCAAGGUUGCAGCUGUCCUUGCCUGUUGGCAAUGAAGAUAGGCAUAGGUCAAGAUCUCCAUUGUCUAAAAAGGGGUCUACAGGUACGUCCCAGUAUGAGGAUAGGCAAAGGUCAGAUGCAUCUUAUAAAUCUAAAACAAACAGGUCUGAAGAUAGUUGUAGGUCUUCACUGGAGUCACAAAAGGACAUUCGUGACUCCUGGUCAGAUUUGUCUAGGGAUAGUCCUUCAAAUCAUACGCUGUUCCAAAGGUCUAAGGGCAGUCAUAGGUCACCAUCGGGCACACAGAGAGAUGGUCACGAUUCAGGGGUGUCAAGGGGUAGCCAGCCGGGAGGGUCAAGGGAUAUUUAUAGGUCAGGGUCAGAGAGAGAUAGUCGUAAGUCAGGGUCAGAAGGGUCAAGGGAUAUUCGGUCAAAAGAGUACAGGUAUAGCCAAGAGCCGCAUUUAGGGUUCCAGAGGGACAGAAGUAGGUCAAGGUCAGGUUCAACAGAGAGUAGGUCAAGAUCACGUCACUCUAGGGAUUUUAUUAGGUCACCAUCAGUGUCACAUAGUGACAGGUCAGGGUCAGAGGACAGAAAUUCACUUAUGUCAAGGUCACAACAGUCCAGGGACAGUAACAGGUCUGAGUCCCAUAGAUCAUUUGAUUAUCGUAGGUCCGGGUCACUAAUGUCAGAUGAGGGCCAAAGAUCUGGUUCAAACUUGUAUGAUGACAGACUUGGUUCUGAAUUACUAAGGUCCUCUGACAAAGAUAGG